UUAAAUCAGGAGCGAUUUGUAAAACAAAAACUGGUGAACCAGGAGUUUGUAAAUUACUAUCAGCAUGUGGAGUUCAUUUGGAAGGACUGCAAAAGGAAACAAUCGAAUACAGUUCUAUUAUUAUUAUAUGCUCAUUUAUGGGUCAAGAUGAAGUUAUUUGUUGUCCAAAUAAUGACUUACCCACAAAUCAUAGCAUACAAGUAGAACAUAUUCCAACACAGACUCCCAAAUCCAGAACACGAGUUGGACCAUUCUCGCCUAGCCAAAACAGCUCUGAGGUUAAUAGACCAGCAGACGCAGCUUGUCAAAAAUACAGUGAAUUACCAAGAGUAAUUUACACAAUCCUUGAUGGAAAAAAUGUGGCAAAUGGUGAAUAUCCUCAUAUGGCAGGCUUGGUCUUUGAUAAUCCUGUGGCUCGAUGUGGAGGGUCUUUGAUAUCAGAGCGAUAUGUUUUAACUGCUGCUCAUUGUGUUAUUAGAUCCAGGCCAAAGUUUGUUCGAUUAGGUGUGGUUGAAUGGAAUCCUACCACAGAAGAUCGUAAUAAACCUGUUGAUAUGGAGAUUAAUGACAUAAAGAUUCACCCGUCGUACAAAAAGUCCGUGGAACACAAUGAUAUUGCCCUACUUGAACUUAAGCAGGAUGUUGCAUUAUCCGCAUUUGUAUAUCCUGCAUGUCUUCACACACAUCGCUCGGAUAUCGAUCCGGAUGUUCCAUUAGUUGUUAUUGGAUGGGGUGUUACAAAUGUCAAUGAAACCUCAUCAGAAUCGAAUAAUCUAUUACAAACUAAUGUGAAUACAUUUUCAAUACACGAUUGCAAUACCACACAUAUUGCUGAAUAUCCUUACAUUGGGCUAAUUGAUGGACAAUACUGUGCAUAUGAUCGAGAUAAUAAGAAAGAUUCCUGUGAGGGAGAUUCGGGUGGUCCACUUCAAUUGGUUCGCGAUAGUAAACAUUUGUCAAUUGUUGGAGUUGUUUCAUAUGGAGUUUCUUGUGGAUCUGCAAUACCAUCAGUUUAUACUAGAGUGGCAUAUUACUUGGAUUGGAUUGAGAGUAUUGUUUGGCCAAGCCCACCAAAACCGUAGAAAAAGAAAAGACAAAAAAAAAAAGAGAAAAGUAAAAAUUUAUGCUUCAUUUAAAAAUGUACUUAUUAAUAAGAAAUCUUAGAGAUGCUAUUAAAGUUCCUUUAUAAAUAAAUAAACUGUAUAAGAAAUUGAAAUUUAAAUCUAA